AUGGGUGCCAGCGACUCCAAGCUAGUCUUCAAGAAGGGGAUCUUCAGGUUAUCGGAAGAGCGACACAUACCCGCCGAUGACCCCUAUUGGACCUCUUUUUGGGAGCUUCCCGAGUCCUCUGAAGACAUAUUCAGCCUCUUUGCGCCUGCAGAUAUUCGCCGAACCCGUGACAGAGCUAUUGAGAACUUAGAGACCCUUAUACUCGCAGUGACAUCUCGACUGUUCAUAUUGCGACAUCACCCCUCCUUUCCCGACCCCGAAUUCGCACCCGAGCGUGAUGCCCUGAAUUGCAUUCGCAUCUUGACCCGCGUUCUGCCAUACCUUUAUGAGGUAGACAACCUACAACGCUGGGAAGAUAAGUUCUUCUGGGGGUCUAGAAGGAAACGAACGAGACGGGCCGUCAUUGCGAAUGAGGUCCUCUUCGAUGAAGCACAGGAAGAUGUAAAGCCACCCGCCGAUGAGUUCGAGGAGGCCAAGCCGCUGGCGGAGGAGCUCAUAGACACGCUAAUCGACCUGCUGUUCUUCUCAGACCUAACAGUUCCCAAACAACCCCAUGGCAAACCAAAGGUCACAUACGCCAUUUGGCAAAGCGGAGUGGGUUGCAAUACCGCCAUGCCUACGACCAAGGAAUACGAGAGUAACCGAUGCGAGAUACUUCGUCUACUCUUGACCUUGGCAAGUCAGAGCAUGUACAUGUCCCCUAACAUACUACCAACCAAGGGUACGAAGGCUUUGACAUAUAUCUGCACAUGUCCGGAUAAGCAGGUAGUCUUAUCCGUCCUGUGUUCUUUACUGAAUACGACUCUUAAAUACAAUCCAGCAAGCUGGCGUGUGCCUUACAAUACUUUGAUGUUCAAGGAUCCAAAAGAGAUCCUUGUCACUUAUACCCUUCAGUUCCUGCUCGUUGUUCUCUUGUACCCGAUACCCGAGCCUGCCACUGGCUCUGCUCCGAAGAACUACUAUCGCCAUUUCCUUGGGAGACUACAUCGUCCUCAAGAUUUCCAGUUCAUCGUCGAUGGCAUGACACGAAUACUGAACCAGCCUAUCCAAGCUAACAUCUCGUAUAUUCCUGGAACGCAGUCCACGACUAGGUUCUCUCCAGAGAUCAUCAUGCUCUUCUGGGAGAUUACUCAAUGUAACAAGCGAUUUAGGUCUUUCAUGAUCGACACGCAACGAGCUCAUGACUUUGUUAUACUCAUUCUAUUCUAUGCUACCGAGUACAAGGCGGAUGCCUCGAAGCAAGGCGUCGUGCGAAUGUGCGCUUUCUUGUUACAGACUUUGAGUGUCGAGAAGAACUUUGGUGUUAAUCUCAACAAACAAUUCGAAGGGCAGGAUACCCUACCAACUGUUAUCAGGAUUCCCGGCUUCAAGGGCACAUACGCCGACUUCCUAAUACAAUCAAUCUAUAACCUCAUCACGAGAAGCCAGGGCAAACUUUCGGCUAUUUACCCGGCAUUGCUCGCCGUAAUUAACAACAUCGCCGCUUACCUAGAAGGCAUUAAUGGCACCACAUGUUCAAAGCUACUACAGCUGUACAACUCGAUGUCGUCUCCUUCUUUUCUUCUUGCCAAUGACAGCAACCAUGACCUCCUAAGAUCGCUCCUAGAAUCACUGAACGCCAUUAUCGAGCAUCAAUAUAAGAAGAACGCCCACUUUGUCUACUUAGUGCUGAAGAACAGGAAGCGCUUUGAAGCCCUGCGAACCUUCACACUCGAAAGUGGUCAAGAGGAACUUGAGCGAAGGAACCGUCAAAGGAAGGAAAAUGGGCAGUCGUUAGAUCCGUUCGAUGCUGGCUCCAGGCGAAGCUCGGUCGAGAGUUUGCGUAGCCCUACAAUUACACAGCCGAGGACACCGACACUUAGUAACGUACCGGAAGAGGAUACGACAUUUGCCAUUGGUGACGCUGAAGAUGAGAGUGACGAUGACGACCGGCCGACUCCGGCGCAGUCGAGCCCGAGUGAGAAUCCCUCUCGGGCUUCUUCCGUUGCCGACGUGGAAGAUGCGGUGCCGACACAAUUAAGAGGGAUGUCGGAGAAGGCCAGAGGAAAGAUGCCUGCGGGCGUGGGGACAUUCUCCCGACAGAACAGUACUACUAGUCUUGGUAGCUAUUCAGCAGCUGGGCAAUCUGUUGUAGCUUCCUUUGAGCCCUCGGCGGAUUGGAUCGAAAGCUGGCUUCCGGAACUUCCCCUACACACGAUCCUCACUGUCAUCCAGCAAUUGACAGCUUUAAUCAACCGCCAAGGUCUGACGGCAGAAGUCCCAUCGUCUGCGACCCUAAAGGCUAUCCAAGAAGCUGAUUUAGUCGCCAUUGAGCCUUCUCCAGUUAGAGUACACUCGUUCGAAUGGUCACCGCUCGCUCUAGGUUGGUACGAAUCGUUGGUUUGGAGUUUUGUAUUUGCUAGCGAAAUGCAAGUCUCGAGGGGUACUGUCGGCGUUUGGAAUGGAACGGCAAUCAAGCUAUUCAAGGUGCAGGAAACGGCAGCUCAGGGACCGACGCUAACAUCGCCCCGAGGAGCGGUGGACGCCGUGGGUAGUAAUAUCGUGUCGAGGAUCGGGUCUAUCAAUCUACGAGGCGGACCUGCAUCUCCGGCAUCUCCAGGAUUACCGCCGCAACGUGGCACAUAG